AUGUCGCACAUCGUCAAAUACGCCCGCCGCUCGAAGAGCCGAGCAGAAUACUGGAAAUCUGUCAGCUUGAGAGAGCAAUGCAUGUUCUUUGUCCGCUUUCGGGAGAAGUUCGACGACGCAAACGAGCUGGAAAAGGAGCUGCGUGACUCUGGUCGCGGUUUCCAACAGGGCUCCACUAGGAGCCGCCUACUGUACCUCGUCAGCCGCAUGGACAAGGAGAUGCUUGACUAUGAGAAAUGUGCGUACGAGGAGCUUCUGAGUUUCUGCGCUCGGCGCAAUCUGGCAAUUUCCAACACGAUCCGUAAUGGGAAAAAGAACGCCGUUCCGGUUACCCACGUGCUGGCCAAAAGCCCUCACAUCUGCCAUUUCAAGAAGAGGGAACUCAUCAACGCACUCGAAAAAGCGGAUGAGAAUGCCAAUGUCACAUCGUUCACUCGUCUUCCCGCUGAGCUGCGGAAUGUAGUCUACUCCUACUCUUUCGACUACUUCCACGCCUCAGCAGAAAACAACCCUCUCCCUCCGCCUCCUGUGGCACACGCAUCUCGCCUUCUACGGUCCGAGGCGUUGCCUCUGUUCUAUCAAGAUUAUGGACUGGAACUGUGGCUGCAGGCGCCAGGUUAUUCAAACCAAGCCAAAAUCAACCGCUCUGCUGCUUCUUUCAUCGCCACUCUUCCAUCCUUGUUACCCCUUCUGCGGCAUGUCGAAUUCCAUGUGGAAUGGGCAGCUGGACGAGGCCUCUUCAACCAUAGAUUGGUAACUUGGAAGAUCGACUUGGAGGUACAAGGCAAGGGCCAUCGGAUGGAGAUGAUUGAGACAGCUGAUUUUUCUGAUGGAAACUUGGAUCCUGACAAAGUCAUCGGCCAGGUGGACGAAGAAAUGCGAGAGCUGCUGGGCAGAGCCGCAGAUAGGGUUGGCGAGGAAGGUGGUAUUGAGUUGGGAUCAGACGAUUGGAGUGACAUUAAGGCCAUUUUCGAUCGUGGCAACAAGACGAUAACCGAGCUGUUGCAGUCCGCAUAA